AUGGCAUUACUGAACAAAGAACAAAGUGAGUACUUAAAUACAUUGGAUCAAACGGCUCAUAUAAUACAAAGAGAACUAGUCAACUUUAAAAAAUGCCCGAAACAAAGACUAACGGGAGGGUACAUAACAACAAGGUUAAAAAAUAAUGAACAGUACUGGGGUACAUACAAAGAAGCAUUUCAGAAUCUCACAAAGUGCACGCCGCGGGAGGACAGGAAAGACAUCGAGUACUUUGUGAACGAAGAAUACUUCAAGAUUCAAGACAUAUACCUUGAUUUACAAGCAGACCUUACCGAUUGUCUCACACAACCGUCACUACCACAAACAACUACAACUACAACAGCACAGAUAGCUACUGAUUCCUGGGACCCAAUCAUAGUGUUCUUAGUAUCUCAGAAGAUGGACGCCGAGUCACUGAAAAGCUGGGAGGAACACUCACAUAACGAAGACUCAGACAAGAUGGCUACGUGGAGAGAUCUGCAAAAAUUUCUUGAGACCAAGUUUAGAACACUCGAAUUAAUUACUUCAGAGCCAUCGUCUGUGAGGGAAAGACCCCAAACACACAAAUCUUUCCACACCAUGGCUGAAGAAGGUGAAGAAGAUACAUGUCAAAUUGCACAUGCAAAGGUAAACUCAAGGUCAUGUGUGUAUUGCAACGGAGACCACUACAUGUACCAUUGUAAAGAAUUUGCAAAACAAACAGUUGAGCAUAGACAAGAAUUUGUGAAGAAAAACAAUCUAUGUUUCAACUGUCUAAUACCAAGUCACAAUGUAUAUCAAUGCAAACAAAGAACAACAUGUCGCAUCUGUCAUAAGAAACAUCACUCCUUGUUACACCGAGCGAGAGAAACAACCAUACAACCAGAACCUACAAUCACAACCGCACACUUCUCCAAUCAACAACCAAGUACUCAAGUGCUAUUAGCGACAGCCCAAGUUCAAAUGGAAUCAGAGGAUGGUGCGGUACAUACGUUGCGAGCACUAAUAGAUCAAGGCUCUGAGGCAUCAUUUGUAUCUGCGAGAGUUGUUGAUUUAUUGAGGCUAAGAAAAACAGACAUCAACGGUGUAGCGUCGGGAGUCGGAGAAGGUACUAAAAUUCCUCUGAAACAUUUGGUCGAGAUGAAAAUAAAGUCAAGUUACACAAAAAAAGUUGUAAAUGUGACAGCUUACGUUCUGAAAACAAUAUCCACUAAAUUACCGUCGAAAGAUAUAAUAAUGAAUUGGCAAAUACUACAAACAUUAAAUUUGGCUGACCCUACUUACAAUACACCGGGAAAAAUUGAUAUAUUGCUCGGAGCAGAAGUCUUCUGUAAAAUAAUAGAAGAAGGACUAAUAAAACUGCCAGAUGGAGUAGUGGCUCAGAAAACAAUGUUGGGAUGGAUACUUUCCGGUCAGAAAGAAGGUACAGAGGAAAUAAUGAAACAUAAUGUGACAACCCUACAUAUCACAAGACAAGUGGUAGAAGACAAUGAUAUGUUACGGAAGUUCUGGGAAAUAGAGACAGAUAUAUACAAAAAGAGGAAGCUUAUGACCAAAGAAGAAGAAAUGUGUGAAAAUAUUUACAAAGAUAGUACUACAAGAGAUGAAACAGGAAGAUACAUAGUACAUUUACCACUGAAACAAAGUAUAGAAGAAACAGUAAAGUUGUGUGGAGAUACCAAGCAGCAAGCUAUAGCUAGAUUCAAGCAGUUGGAGAGAAAAUUCAAAAGAAAUGACAAAUUGAAAACUGAAUACACAAAGGUCAUACACGAAUACUUAGAGAUGGGUCAUAUGAACGAGUCUAAAACACCAGACAAUGAACUGACAGUGUAUUUACCACACCAUGCAGUUGUUCGCGAAGACAGAGAGACAACUAAAGUUAGAGUAGUAUUUGAUGCAUCGGCAAAGGGUUCAAAUGGUCACUCACUGAACGACGCAAUGAUGAUUGGGCCUGCACUGCAACCUGAUCUGCGGAGCCUAAUAACUAAAUGGCGCACGCAUAAAAUCUGCAUUGUCGGUGACAUAACAAAGAUGUAUAGAAUGGUUAAAAUGACUGAAGAACAUACAGACCUGCAACGAAUUGUCUGGAGAGAUGACCCUAGUGAUGACAUAAAAUACUACAACCUCACAACUGUCACAUUUGGUACAGCUGCAGCUCCAUAUCUAGCUGUACGAACACUAAAUCAAGUAGCUGAUGAUGAAGCCCAUAGAUUUCCAGAAACUGCUCCAUUGAUAAAACACUCAUUCUAUAUGGAUGAUCUCAUGACGGGAGCUGAAGAUGUAGAGAAAGCUAAAAAGAUAUGUACAGAAAUCGGAACAAUACUUAAAAGUGGAGGGUUUGAGAUGCAAAAGUGGUCGAGCAAUUCAGAAGAAGUUUUGAACCAUAUACAAGGAGAAGACACAAUCAGAGUGAUAAAACAAGAUGCGAUUAUAAAGAUACUUGGAUUGACAUGGGACAGGAAAGAUGACAAAUUCAAAGCCACUGUUAAUUUACCAGAACUGAGACAUCCUGUAACAAAGAGAGCAAUUCUUUCAGACGUAGGACGCCUCUUCGAUCCAUUUGGUUGGCUGUCACCAGUCAUAAUAAUAGCAAAGAUGCUGAUACAAAAACUAUGGAAAUGUGAAUUGGAUUGGGAUACUGAAUUACCCAACCAUUUAAUCGAAGAAUGGAAAACAUACAGACAAGAGAUAAUACAUCUGCAGAAUGCAACUGUACCUAGAUGGGUGAAUUCGACACUAGUAAAUAGAGAAAAGGCAGAAAUACAUGGGUUUGCAGAUGCAUCCACUCAAGCACAUGCUGCUGUUACAUACCUGCGAGUAGUGGAAGAAGACGAGAUUCAUAGAUUCAAGUGGCAAGUAGUAGUUCCAUCACCAGAGAUAGGCGAUUUGGUAGUCGUCAAGAAUGAAGACAUGCCCCCGACUAAAUGGUUACUGGGUCGAAUCAAGUAUCUUCACCCAGGAGAAGAUAACAUAGUCAGAGUAGUGACGGUACAGUGCAAAGGAAACAAUGAAUUGAAGAGACCUUUGUACAAGAUAAUACCACUGCCGAAACAACCUGGGGCCGAGUAA